CAAACGUAAGAACCUGUGGGUUGUAUCGGAGCCCUGAAGAUAACAGAGCAGCGAUAAAUACUGAUUCUUCAAGAUUCACACACUCCCUUUUGCUUCUGGAUUGCCUUCUCCACCCUCACUGAUUAUCUUUCCACAAAAUUGGAGGGUUGUUUAUUUCAGUCUGUUGUGAGUUGGAUGUUGAUGCUUGUUUACUUUUGUGUUGUUCUGUGGAAGUAGUGUUUUUCAGCUUUUGGUGCUGAGAAUUGACAGCUGAAGUUCUGUUUUUUUUUAUGAACUGGGAAUUGGAUUUUGGUUCAAGUUUCAGUUCUUAUUUUGUAUUCAGAAGUUUCUGUGAGCCUACAGAGAGUAUUUGAUUCAUUGUUUCAAAGUUUGGGUUCAUGGAAGUUUGUGGUUAUUGGGUACUGAGAUUGAAAGAAAGAGAAGAGUAUGUUUUGUGGUGUUAAGUGUUUCUUUGUCAGAAGGGAGAGCGGAUAUGGAUUUGUGGGUUGUUGCAGCAGCUACUGGUGCUGGAUAUUUGACCAAGUAUUGGCAGAAACUUUCAAGGGAGAGGGAUAAGGAUGACUUGUUACAUUUUCCUAUUGGGGAUGGAAAUCUUGAGAAAGCUGAGUCCCAAAGCUCUUCCUUCACCAGGCGCGGGGAUAGGAAACCAGUUGUGGGUGAGAGAGCAGCGGAUAUGAAUGUAUGGGGAGGUGUUUCUAAAGGUGAAUUGGCUUCUACUAGUGGGUACGAUGUUGAAAAGCUAGCAAGUCUCGAGAGUUACCACCAUUGCAAUGUACUUUCUCUAUCAAAUAUAUCACCAGUAUACCAAGCAAACAUUUAUGAGAAUGGCAAUGAAAGUAGGCAAAGUACUGAUAUUGAUGACAAUACUGGUGCCAUGUUACCUAAAGCUUCCAAUGGAGAAAAUGGUUCUUCUCUUGUACCUCUGAGGAACAGAAGGUCUGUAAGAACUGAACAUUCACAUGGGCAUAUUGUUAAGCCUCUAAAUUCCUUAGAAAGUUGUCUGAUGGCUCAAUUAUAUAUAGAGCGUGCUGAAUCAAGUGUGCUUACCCUUCCUUCACCGUCCAAUCCAAGUAUGAGACCAUUAAUUGUGAGUGAUGGAAGCCGAAUAAUUAGUAGAGCAAAUGGUGACCAUUUCAGUGCUCAGAUUGGCAUGGAGGAAAAUAAGCUGCAUAAGGAAGAUUGUUUCGACACAAAUGAAAAUGCCUCCAGCAUUCCUCUACUACCAAAACUUGGUUUUCUGGAUCUCCCAAAGAAGAUGAAAAUUGAGACAGGAAAGGGGCAGACUGGAAGAUCCCACAGUUCCGGUCACAUGGCCAGCGGAACACACUUGCAUGUUGAAGGUUCACCAGAUGGAGCAGUUCUACUCUGUCUUGGGGUUUCUAUUGGCGUUAUAUCUUCUUUCCUUGCGAAUAAAAAAGAAGUUGACAAAUUGAAAGAUGUAUUAAAGCAGACCAAGAGCUUGGUUGAAGAUCUACAAGAGGAACUGGAAAUGAAAGACUCAGUGAUGGUGAAGGAGCUUGCUAAUGAGAAUUAUGGGUCACAGGUUACUUGUGCCAAUACGGUUUUCAACAGGGCCCUAAAUCCUAUUUCUCAUGAACAAAAUAUGGACAAGCAUGAUGGUAGAGAUUCAUAUGACCCAAAAGCUGAGGAGAGUUUGGAGUCGAUGAGUAAAAUAGAGGCAGAGCUUGAAGCAGAGCUUGAGAGGUUGGGCCUAAACAUGAAUACUUCUACAUUGGAAGGAAAAUUAACUGAUCUUGAUGAGCUUGACCCAAAGUUGAUGGCAGAUUUUGCUCAAGGCGAAUUGAGAGCUGACAUGGUUGGUGGGCACAAUGUUGCCCUACCGGAGUCUAAUGAGAAUGCAAGCAGCAGGUCUACUGCCCAUCACUAUGGAAACUAUGUAGUUUCUCCUAGAGAGCUUAGUUUGCACCUGCAUGAAGUUAUCCAAUCAAGACUAGAGGAACGAAUCCAGGAGCUUGAGGCAGCACUAGAAAGCAGCCAGAAAGAGGACCUCAUUGUGGAAUUAGAGCUCAAGGAUUGUUCGAAAGAUUCCUCAGACAGUUGUGUACAGUCCACAAUCCAAGAGGGUACUAAUUCUAACGAUCAAAGUGAAUUUAUCAUAGAGCCUCCAGCCAUGAUGUCCGCAUUGUGGAAUCAGAACAGCCAGAAGGUCUGUGUUAUGGAAUCAGAGCAUAAGGAUUGUUCAAGGGAUAACAGUUGUGUGCAGUCCACAAUCCAAGAUUGUACCAAUUUCAAAGAACAAAGGGCGACCACAAUUGAGCCUCUAGUCAUGAAUUUAGCAGGGGAAGCUCUACAUGCGUACAAUGAGGCUUAUGAAGAGUUGAUGAAGCUCAGUGAGUCAGAAGGAGAGGAUUCACCUUGUCAGGUUAUUGAAACAUUCAGUGAUCAAAUGUGCAAACAAACUUUUGAUGUAAAUGGCUCUUUGGGGCAUUUUGCUUUUGAGGAAGAGAAAUGGUUGGAAGAUGAGCACAUUUCCAGGUUUGAUUAUUCUGUCAGUGAGGAGGAUAGCCGUUCUGAUGAUGAGAUGGAGAAACAUCUGAUACAGCAGAUUGUGGAGAAGACCAAGAAAGGUUCUCCUGUAGUCCUGAACGCGCAGAAGUGGUUGUUUUCAAUGAAUGAUUAUGAAACUGAAUUGUAAACAAAUUAAGUUUUGCAAAAGUGUAUAGACUAUACAAAAUAUAGGAGAUUAGGAGGGGUUAGGUAUCCAUGACUUUACAGCUUAACGAAUCUACCAGCGAGUGUUGGUUUAUUGAUGAC